UUGUAUUUUAAGAAUCGGUCAAACUGCAUUUAAAAUGGAGUCCGAUAUUAAGAAGUUUUAUGAAGACAAAACGAUUUUUUUAACUGGUGCCAGUGGAUUUUUAGGAAGAGUUAUCAUUGAGAAACUUCUGCGUGCAACAGAAGUAAAGCGUAUUUAUGUGUUGAUAAGACCCAAACGUGGCAAGGACACACAGGAGCCCAAGCCGAACAUAUUGGAGCGCGUGCCCAACGGAUCGCGAUCUGCUGAUCGCGCGGCAACUGUCAACUUUGCGGAGCCGCUGCAUGUGGCAUUGGACAUCAAUACGCGUGCCACUCACCAGAUGCUGCAGCUGGCCAAGCAGAUGCACCGUUUAGUGGCAUUCGUGCACGUAUCCACGGCCUUUUCCAACUGUGUGAUCCACCACAAUACGGAACGCUAUUAUCCGGAGCACUUGAGCUGCAGCGCUGAAAAGGUGUUGGCACUAAGGCAAAUGCUGGGAAAGGACACGGAUUUGUUCGAUAAGAUGGCUCCCGUGCUGCUCGACAGGUUUCCCAAUACAUACACCUAUACAAAGGCUCUGGCAGAGCAGUUGGUCCAGACGGAGGCGGGGGAUUUGCCGGUGUGCAUCUUUCGGCCAGCUUCCAUUGGGGCGACCAAUAAGGAGCCUAUUUCCGGCUGGAUGGAUAACAUGUACGGACCGCUUGCUGUAAUCCGCGGCAUGGUAUAUGGUGUUUUACGUGUUGUCCCGGUCAAUGUGAAUGCUGAAUCCAACAUUGUACCCGUGGACGGGUGUGCCAAUCUGGUGCUGUCCUGUGCCUGGCGCACGGCCAUGGAGGCGGCUCAGCGCAAAGAACAGAUCACUGGAAACCCUCCCGUCAUUUACAACUUUGCGCCUAGCGGUGAAAAUGUAGUUAAUAAUGCGUAUAUCAUAGGCGCCGUGAAAAGAAAACGUCACAUUUUUCCCGUAACCCUGGCGAAAUUGUACCCCUUCAUGCACGCCACAACCAAACCCAGGCUGUUCAAAUUGGCAGCAAUCUUUUAUCAUCUGCUGCCCGCCUACAUCAUUGAUCUAUAUCUGCGCCUGCGCGGUCAGAAGCCACGCAUGGUGGCCAUUUACCAGAAGAUCCACAGGAAUAUGGAUGUGAUCCAGCACUUUAUGAUCAACAACUGGAGCUUUGAGACAUUUAAUACGGAUCGGCUGUGGGAAUCUAUGUCUGCAGCGGAUCAGCAGCUCUUUGACUUCGAUAUGCAAUCCCUGGACUGGGACAGCUAUUUUGAUCGCUUAUUUUUCGGCCUGCGCACCUAUCUAUGCAGAAAGGAUUCAAGUGAGGAGUCCAUUAAGUCCAUUAAAUGUUUAACCUUGUAA